GAGAGCCGAGGCCGAGCAAAGGAAAUGCACCAAUCAGCUGCUCCCCCGGACUCACAACUGUCUGCGGCGCCCGAAAAACAAGUCGGUGCGCUGGGGACCCGAGGCAGGGGCCGCCUUGCUCCGGCCUAGCCCCGCGGCACUCGGUGCUGGCCCCAGGGCAUGCUCGGAACCCUUCACGGCUCCAGCCCAGACGCCCCGGCCUCAGAAAUCGCCCGGAAAUGGGAGCCUGCGUGAAACGCUGAUGGUCCCGCAGGGGAAGCUCAUGGACCCGGGCUCCCUGCCUCCCUCCGACUCCGAAGAUCUCUUCCAGGAUCUAAGUCACUUCCAGGAGACGUGGCUCGCUGAAGCUCAGGUACCAGACAGUGAUGAGCAGUUUGUUCCUGAUUUCCAUUCAGAAAACCUAGCUUUCCACAGCCCCACAACCAGGAUCAAGAAGGAGCCCCAGAGUCCCUGCACAGACCCGGCCCUGUCCUGCAGCAGGAAGCCGCCACUCCCCUACCACCAUGGCGAGCAGUGCCUUUACUCCAGUGCCUAUGACCCCCCCAGACAAACUGCCAUCAAGUCCCCUGCCCCUGGUGCCCUUGGACAGUCGCCCCUGCAGCCCUUUCCCCGGGCAGAGCAACGGAAUUUCCUGAGAUCCUCUGGCACCUCCCAGCCCCACCCUGGCCAUGGGUACCUUGGGGAACAUAGCUCCGUCUUCCAGCAGCCCCUGGACAUUUGCCACAACUUCACAUCUCAGGGAGGAGGCCGGGAACCCCUCCCAGCCCCUUACCAACACCAGCUGUCGGAGCCCUGCCCACCCUAUCCCCAGCAGAGCUUCAAGCAAGAAUACCAUGACCCCCUGUAUGAACAGGCGGGCCAGCCGACCAUGGACCAGGGUGGGGUCAAUGGGCACAGGUACCCAGGGGCGGGGGUGGUGAUCAAACAGGAGCAGACGGACUUCGCCUACGACUCAGAUCUCACCGGGUGUGCAUCAGUGUACCUCCACACAGAGGGCUUCCCCGGGCCCUCUCCAGGUGACGGGGCCAUGGGCUAUGGCUAUGAGAAAACUCUGCGACCAUUCCCAGAUGAUGUCUGCGUUGUCCCUGAGAAAUUUGAAGGAGACAUCAAGCAGGAAGGGGUUGGUGCAUUUCGAGAGGGGCCACCCUACCAGCGCCGGGGUGCCCUGCAGCUGUGGCAAUUUCUGGUGGCCCUGCUGGAUGACCCAACAAAUGCCCAUUUCAUUGCCUGGACGGGCCGGGGAAUGGAGUUCAAGCUCAUUGAGCCUGAGGAGGUUGCCAGGCUCUGGGGCAUCCAGAAGAACCGGCCAGCCAUGAAUUAUGACAAGCUGAGCCGCUCGCUCCGAUACUACUAUGAGAAAGGCAUCAUGCAGAAGGUGGCUGGAGAGCGUUACGUGUACAAGUUUGUGUGUGAGCCCGAGGCCCUCUUCUCUUUGGCCUUCCCGGACAAUCAGCGUCCAGCUCUGAAGGCCGAGUUUGACCGGCCGGUCAGUGAGGAGGACACAGUCCCUUUGUCCCACUUGGACGAGAGUCCCGCCUACCUCCCGGAGCUCGCUGUCCCUGCCCAGCUGUUUGGCCCCAAGGGUGGCUACUCUUACUAGCCCCCAGCGGCUAUUCCCUCUGCCGCAGGUGGGUGCUGCCCUGCGUACAUAUAGUUGAAUUUGGUGUUGGGGAAACCUUCAUCUGAAACCCACAGAUGACUCUGGGCAGAUCCCCACUGUCCUACCAGUUGCCCUGGCCCAGACUCUGAGCUGCUCACCAGUCACUGGGAAGGAAAAGUGGAGAAAUGGCAAGUCUAUAAAGGUGGAGUCUCAGAAACUCCCCUGGGGGCUCCACCUGGGCCCUGGGGGAAUUCAGCUCAGCUUCUUCCCAGGUCCUGCUUCCUGUGUCCACGCCCCCUACACCUUUUCCCCAACCACAGAGAACAAGAGUUUGUUCUGUUCUGGGGGACAGAGAAGGCGCUUCCCAACUUAAACUGGCAUGAGAGAGAGGAGGUUCACUGAGAUCCCCAGAUCGUCCCACUGCGCGGAGACAGAAGCCUGGACUCUGCCCCAAGCUGUGGCCCCGGGUGGGUUCCGGCUUGUCAGUUCUUGGUGCUCUGUGUUCCCGGAGGCAGGGGGAGGUUGAAGAAAGGAACCUGGGAUGGGGGGUGCUGGGUGGAAGCCGAGAGGGAUGGGUUCCUGCUCCAAGGGGCCCUUUACCUUUCUUCCGCCCUUUCCUAGGCCCAGUUUCCACUUCCACCUCCACCACAUCUACCAGACCUUAAUAAAGCCCCACUUCUCCCAUUA